CCAGCCAGCUUGGUAUGUACAUCGAUUAUGAUGAUGCAACGAGAUAAGUCGAACCCUGCAUGUUGUAUUUGAAGCUUAGAAGUGGUAAAGUGACUAUAUUGUUGGCAUUUUCGCCAAAAGGUUCAGCUAACAUCAACCGUGCUUUCCUUCCCGUAUGGCUGCAUAUGUUAACCGUUCGGUAUCGAUGAUGGCUGGCGACGGGCCCCACAACGUCGCACCGCUUAACAAUGGGGCUGUCCGUGUCAAUAUGUCGAAUGUCGACUCCCCGCUGCAGAUUUUUGUGCGAGCUAAGAAGAAAAUUAAUGAUAUAUUUGUUGAGAUUGAUGACUACGUCAAGGAUGCUGUCACUUUCAUGCAUGCGGUAUCCGGCGAAAACGGUAUAGCCUCACAACAAGAUGUCACAAACGUUGAGGGUUACGUCAACAGAGUGCAGGCCAUCCGGGAGGUACUUAAGCGGGAUCACAUGAAAGUUGCCUUUUUUGGAAGGACAAGCAAUGGCAAAAGCACCGUGAUUAACGCGAUGUUACACGACAAGAUCCUACCGAGCGGCAUCGGGCACACAACCAAUUGCUUCUUGCAGGUGGAGGGCUCUGAUACAGAUGAGGCAUUUUUACGCACCGAGGGCUCUGAAGAGAAGCUUAAUGUACAGUCUGUGAGCCAGUUAGGGCAUGCACUGUGCGCGUCUCGACUGCAAGAAUGUUCGCUCGUGCACGUGUAUUGGCCUCGAGAGCUGUGCGCUUUGCUAAGGGACGACGUCGUAUUAGUGGACAGCCCUGGAGUCGAUGUUACGCCGAAUCUCGACGAGUGGAUCGACAAGUACUGCCUCGACGCGGACGUGUUUGUGCUCGUCGCCAAUGCCGAGUCUACGCUUAUGGUUACCGAGAAAAAUUUCUUUCACAAAGUUUCGACAAAGAUAUCACAACCAAACAUUUUCAUACUCAACAAUCGAUGGGACGCAUCCGCAUCCGAACCAGAGUACUUGGAGCAGGUCCGCACGCAACAUGCAAACCGAUGCGUGGACUUUCUGUCGCGCGAGCUUCGCGUCUGCACGCCCAAAGAAGCCGAGGAGCGCAUCUUCUUCAUCUCCGCCAAAGAGGCGCUGCUCACGCGCAUGCGGGAGAGAGAGAAGCCAGUCUCGUGUGAGUACAUUGCGGCAUACAGAUUCUCCAAAAUUUGA